AUGUCCAAGCCAUCAAUCGGUUUUGUAGGCCUAGGAGCCAUGGGUUUUGGCAUGGCCACCCACCUCGUCAAACAGGGCUAUCCAGUUCAUGGCUUCGAUGUAUUCCCGGCCUCAAUUGAGCGUUUCAAGGCUGCUGGUGGCAUACCUGCGUCCUCUCUCCGUGAAUCAGCUGAAGGCAAGAAGUAUUAUGUUGUUAUGGUGGCUUCAGCGCCACAAGCGCAAUCUGUCCUAUUUGACGACAACGGUAUCGUACAAUAUUUGCCACAGAACACGGUGCUCAUGCUCUGCUCAACGGUGUCCGCCAUGUAUGCUCAGUCUGUCGCUGCCGAGCUUCAAAGUCGCGGUCGCGGCGACAUUCUUUUCGUCGAUAGCCCGGUCUCUGGUGGUGCCAAACGGGCGGCGGAUGGGACGCUCUCCAUCAUGGCCGGCGCAUCUGAUGAAGCCCUCCAAGCGGGCCGCGACAUCCUACAGGAAAUGUCGGACGAGAGCAAGCUAUACUUAGUUCCCGGCGGUAUCGGCGCCGGUAGCAAUAUGAAAAUGGUACACCAGGUCCUGGCAGCCAUUCACAUUCUAGGUGCGAGUGAGGCUAUGGGCUUUGCCGCGCAGCUCGGUCUCGAUGCUCGCGCGACAGCCGAGAAGAUACAGACUUCGGAUGCGUGGACAUGGAUGCAUGAGAACCGAUUCCCCCGGAUGGUGGAGGAGGAUUGGAACCCUGGAGCCAGUGCAUUAACCAUUAUUCUAAAAGAUGCUGGAAUCAUUACCACAACUGCCCGCCAACACAACUUCCCUACCCCUCUUUGCUCUACCGCCGAACAAAUAUACCUUUCUGCUCUUCUACAGGGAUGGGGCCCCAAGGAUGACUCGGCCAUGGUCCGACAGUACUAUGCCAAGCCUCUUUCGGACGUUGCCCCAUGCGCCGACACCGAAGCCGCCACUGAACUUGUUUUAGAUUUCAUGCGGGGUGUCAAUCUUGUCGCGGCCGCCGAGGCCGUUUCAUUCGCGCGAUAUCUCAAUGUUGAUCUCACGCAGUUCUACGGUCUGGUCAGCCAAGCCGCCGGCGCGAGCAAAUUCUUUAUCCAACAGGGCCUUGAAAUGAUUGAGGGGCGCAUUGGCGACAAGGCGCCAGCGGGUUCUCCAACGGUAGACCAGGUCGCUGGUAAACUUGAGGUAGUUCUGCAGAAGGCGCGGGAUCUGUACUGCCCACUUCAUCUUGGUAACGCUGCAUUGAAUGUGUUGUUUAUGGCCCAAAGACACGGAUCUGGGGGACAGAGCGGCACCAGUGUUAUUAGGGUUUAUGGCCAGUAA